AUGCAGAAGAGACAUUUGAUCUUUUACCUCCUGAUUUUGGCAGCUGUUAUGAGUCAAAUAUAUGGACAAAGAAAGAAAGGACCAAAGUCAAAUUUAUUUUCAAGAAAAAAUUAUCUCCAUGAUCGCACUUGCUUCAUAGACAUUGCCUUCAUUGUGGACAGCUCUGAAAGUUCUAAAAUUAUUCUUUUUGAUAAACAGAAAGAUUUUGUGACUAGCUUGAUUGACAAAAUUUUCCAACUAACCCCUGCUCAUUCUUUGAAAUAUGACAUCAAACUGGCAGCCCUGCAAUUUAGCAGCUCUGUUCAAAUUGAUCCAUCAUUUUCUUCUUGGAAGGAUCUGCAGACUUUUAAACAGAGGGUCAAGUCUAUGAAUUUCAUUGGGCAAGGUAUAUUCUCUUAUUAUGCCAUAUCCAAUGCUACAAGGCUACUUAAAAGGGGACGUAAAGAUGGCGUUAAAGUGGCUUUGCUGAUGACAGAUGGCAAAGAUCAUCCAAAGAAUCCAGAUGUUGAAAGUAUUUCUGAAGAUGCCAGAACAGCAGGAAUAUUAUUUAUCACCAUUGGACUUUCUACUGUGGUCAAUGAAGCCAAACUUCGUUUGAUAUCUGGGGAUACAUCCAGUGAACCCAUUCUACUGUUGAGUGACCCAAACCUGGUAGAUAAAAUUCAGGAUCACCUGGAUAUCUUAUUUGAAAAGAAGUGUGAACACAAGAUUUGUGAAUGUGAGAAGGGGGAUCCAGGUGAUCCAGGGCUUCCUGGUACACAUGGAAACCCAGGUAUCAAAGGUGAGCGAGGACCAAAAGGAAACCCGGGCGAUGCUCAGAAAGGAGAGCCUGGAGAAAGAGGCCUAGGGGGAAAUCCUGGGUACAAGGGUGAGAAGGGUGAAUGAGGAGAAUGUGGUAAACCAGGACUAAAAGGUGACAAAGGAUCUCCAGGACCAUAUGGAUCAAAGGGACCCAGAGGUCUUCAGGGCAUCAGUGGACCUCCAGGAGACCCAGGGCCAAAGGGAUUCCAAGGCAAUAAGGGUGAACCAGGUCCUCCUGGUCCUUAUGGUCCUCCAGGAGCACCUGGUAUUGGACAGCAAGGUAUUAAGGGAGAAAGAGGCCAGGAAGGAAGAACAGGUGCUCCAGGCCCAGUUGGAGUUGGUGAGCCGGGUCAGCCAGGUCCCCAUGGGCCUGAGGGAGCACCAGGAGAGAGAGGCAUGCCGGGGGAAGGAGUUCCAGGACCAAAGGGUGAAAAAGCUUCUGAAGGACCAAUUGGAUCACAAGGAUUGCAAGGCCUGUCAAUCAAAGGGGACAAGGGGGAUUUAGGACCUGUGGGACCUCAGGGACUAAUGGGCAUCCCUGGAAUAGGGAGUCAAGGGGAACAGAGAAUCCAAGGACCUAUCGGUCUACCUGGUCCUCAAGGACCCCCAGGACAAGGUUCACCUGGUUCCAAGGGAGAUGUAGGUCAAAUAGGAUUGACAGGUCCUAGAGGACCGAUGGGAGUUGGAGUUCAAGAUCCAAAGGGAGAGCCAGGCUCAAUAGGGCCUCCAGGACAGCCAGUAGUACCAGGAGAAGAUGGAACAGCUGGGAAGAAGGGAGAAGCAGGACUUCCUGGAGUAGGAAGCCUUGAAGACCCACCUGGAAAAGGACAACCUGGUGCCAAGGGUGAUGAAGGAAAGAAAGGAAGCAAAGGAAAUCAAGGGCAGAGGAGAUUUCCAGGACCUGAAGGGCCAAAGGGUGAUCCUGGGAUUAUGGGCCCUUUUGGGAUGCCUGGAGCAUCAGUUCCUGGUUCACCUGGGGCAAAGGGAGAUAGAGGAGGACAUGGAAUGCUUGGAUUUAAAGGAGAACCUGGACUUUCACUUUGUGGACCAAAGGGUGCCCAGGGCCCCCAAGAACCAGUGGGUGCUCCAGGACUCAAAGGUGAUGUCUAUCCUGGUGUGGCUGUAAGACCUCAAGGACUUCCUGGACCCCCUGGGCCUAUGGGUUUACGAGGAGUAGGAGACACUGGAGCUAAGGGAGAGCCAGGUGUCAGAGGUCCUCCAGGCACCUCUGGACCUCGAGGCAUAGGAACUCAAGGGCCAAAGGGUGAUAUUGGGCAGAAAGGCUUGCCUGGCCCCCCUGGUCCCCCUGGCUAUGGAUUAUAAGGAAUUAAAGGGGAACAAGGACUUCAAGGCUUUCCAGGGAUAAAGGGCAUGAUGGGCCAUGGCCUUCCAGGACAGAAGGGAGAACCUGGAGAACAGGGUGAUACAGGAAAAAAAGGUGAUAAAGGGGAAAUUGGAGAGCCGGGAUCUCCAGGAGAACAGGGGUUACAAGGACCAAAAGGAUACCAAGGUCUUAGAAGAGAAGAGAUUAUCAAACUCAUUUUUGAAAUAUGUGGUUGCAGAACCAAAUGCCAGGAGACCCCAUUAGACCUGGUAUUUGUGAUUGACAGUUCAGAAAGUGUGGGGCCAGAGAACUUCCAGAUCAUAAAAAGUUUUGUAAAGACUCUAACAGACCAGGUUGCCUUGGAUCUUGCCACAGCCCGCAUUGGCAUAAUCAAUUACAGCCACAAGGUGGAGAAUGUAGCUCAUCUGACACAGUUCUCCAACAAGGAUGACUUUAAGCUGGCUGUGGACAACAUGCAAUAUCUGGGGGAAGGUACCUAUACCGCCACAGCACUCCACUCAGCCAACCACAUGUUCAAGGCUGCACGGCCAGGCGUGAAGAAAGUGGCCUUGGUUAUCAUUGAUGGACAGACAGAUACCCGUGAUGAAAAGAAUCUGACAGAGGUGGUGAAGAAUGCCAAUGACAUCAGUGUAGAAAAAUUUGUGAUUGGGGUGGUGAAUAAAAAUGACCUCAAUUUUGAAAUGUUACAGAAAGAAAUGAAUCUAAUCGCUACAGACCCAGAUAGUGAGCAUGUUUACCAAUUUGAUGACCAAUUCAUUACCCUGCAAGACACCCUGAAGCAAAAAUUGUUUUAAAAAAAUUGUGAAGAUUUUGACUCUUACCUCUUUCAAGUUUUGGGAUCACCACCCCUUCAACCUGGAUUGGGAGUGUCAGCCCAAGAGUACAGUGUAUCAACUCCACUGCCUCAGAAAGGAAUGUCUGAAUCAGUUAGUGUCCCUGGAGAACAGGGUGAAGAGAACAGGUACCUAAAGCCUACCUGGGCUUACAGCAUAGCUCACACUUCUUCACCGGCAACUACGGACACUCAGGGGACUUUGCUCAGUCCUGCUGAGGGAAGAGAGGAGAAUCCUAGAUGCAUGGAAGCCCUGAAGCUUGGAAACUGUCAUGAAUAUGUGAUCCGGUGGUAUUAUGACAAACAUGUCAACUCCUGUGCCUGCUUUUGGUUCAGUGGCUGUAAUGGCUCAGGAAACAGAUUCAACAGUGAAAAGGAAUGUCAAAAAAUAUGUGUUCAAAAAUGAGUAAGUAAAUUAACUUUGAAUAAGUCAGG